AUGCCUUCCUAUCGCUUUGAAGUCGCAAAGCAAGGUCGAGCGACUUGCAAAAGCACAGAUUGUAAAACCGCUCAAGUGAAGAUCUCAAAAGGAGAACUACGAUUCGGCAGUUUUGUUAGUGGACCUGACUUUGAUAGCUGGAGCUGGAAACAUUGGGGAUGUAUCACACCAGCCCAGAUAGACAAUGUUCUCAAGUCUAUCGAUGGAUUCGAGGCAUUUGAGGAAGAUCCAAAUGUUUUAGAUGGCUACGACGAGGUUGGUGAGGAGAAUCAAGCGAAAAUUCGUACCGCACUCAAGGAAGGUCAUGUACCGGACGAAGAUUGGAAAGGCGACCUCGAGAACAAUCGUCUUGGUGCGAGAGGUAUGAAGAAGAAUAGAACGCCAAAGAAAAAGAAGAAGGGAGACGAGGAGGAAGGAGAGGCAGAAGGCGAAGCUGAGGCUACUCCUUCAAAAGCAAAACCAAAGAAGAGCAAGAAGCCUAAAGCCGCAGAGUCUGGAGACGAAGCCCCAGAUGGCAGUCCUACUCCGAAGAAAGCACCUCGCAAACGUAAGGCUCCAGUCGAAGACGAAGAGCAAGCUUCACCAAAGCCGGCCAAGAAGCCACGGGCCAGAAAACCCAAGCAGCAAAUCCAAAACGAUUUAGAGUCCGAACCUGAGGUCAUGCCAACUAAGAAGCAGCGCGGCAAGACAGCUAAGCCAGCGGCUGAGACAGAUGGUGCACUUGACAGGAAUGAUGCUGCUGCCGCCGCAGAAGUUAAACCAGUAAAGAAGUCUGCAGCCAAGAAGGCACAGGCCGAAGAGGAAGAAGAACCCCUUCCUGCACCAGCCAAGGCAAAGCCGACCAAAAAGUCUCGUGUAAAGAAACCUGAGGCGAAGGAAGUAGAGCUCGAAGCAGGAGCAACCGCGGACCCAGCCAAAGUUACGAUGUCUAGAGGCCGGCCCAAGAAAGUAGCCAAAGCCGAGAAACUAGAAGAAUCACCAGCUGACGUCGAGGAUCCGGCCAACGGCGUUGAGAAAGCUGCUAAUGGAACUGCUGCAGUGGCUGCCGAAGCAGAAGCCGAAGUUGAGGCUGACCCAGACAUUGCCGAGCCAGCGAAAGAUAAACCUGCUGCUAGAAGAGGUGGAAGAAAGAGAGCAGUAAAGGCUUGA